UUCCAUGUUUAUACAUAUUCUCAUGUUUAAUGGCAACUUUUAAAAUGUACUCUGUCAGAUAUGUAUCAAGAUGUGCCAGUGUAUGUUCACUUGGCAUUACAAUUUUCUUUUACAUGGGCAUAUUCGUCUAUAUGACUGAUUAUGUUUUGAGUUUGUUACGUGGAAAGUAUUUCUUUCCGGAAUUUUAUAAACGAAUCAAUGAAAUUGAUGACAUCUUAAAGAAGUGUCAACCAAAUGUCAAUGUUAAACGAAAAUCGAUGCAUUUGAUGAGGAUAUUAAAAGUAACGGUACUUGUGGUGUUUAUUUUAUACGCUCUCAAGUAUGAUAUAGUUAAUGAAUAUAAUUUUUUUGGAAGUAUGGGAUUUUUGGCUGCAAUGUCAAUGAGUUUUCCAUAUCUGGCAAGUAGCAUUGUUCAAUUACAAUUUGCUUAUCUUGUUGCAAUUAUAUCGGAACGUUUUAAGAAAUUAAACUUUUUAUUGGAAGCCUUGAAUAAGGAAUGUUUGAAGAAAAAUCUACCAAUUAAAAUAUUUGACAUGGAAUCGGAUGUUCCGAAGAAGACAAAUUUACCACUGAAAUUUCAAGUUCAAGAUAAAACUGAAUUAAAGAAGAUAAGUGACAGUGAGAAUGAUGAAAACACUGAGGGCGAAGAAGAAGAUGAAGAGUUACAAAAUGGCAAUGAGUAUCCAGAUAUUGAUUGGUUCUGUCAAACUGUCAUAAAGAUUUCGAAAACGUCAGAAGAUUGUCUCGUAGAUCUGUUUCAUUUACAUGAUCGAAUUCUAACUCUAAGUCGUAUUACCAAUCAUGAAUAUGGAGCACAAACAGUACCAUAUAUGGCUGUUUGUUUUGUUCUCGGUCUCUUUGCCAUAUUCAUGGAGACCAAAGUCAAUAAUGUUGUUAGAGCUUAUGGUUAUGUGGAUGUUGUAAUUUAUACUGAAAUGAUUUACAUCUUUUGGAGUGUUAUAACUGUAGUUGUGGCAUAUGUUGUUUUGAGACUUUGCUGUAAUGCUAAUGGAUAUUCGAGGAAAUCAGCUAUGGUGGUACAUGAGAUAAUGCAGAAAAAGCCACAAUUUAUGAUGGGAAAUGAUCUAUUCUAUAACAAAAUGAAAUCGUUUACUUUGCAAUAUUUGCAUUGGGAGGGAUUUUUUCAAUUUAACGGUAUUGGAAUGUAUGCAUUGGAUUAUACUUUUAUAUUUUCGACCGUCAGUGCUGCGACAUCAUACUUGAUAGUUUUGCUUCAGUUUGACAUGACCACCAUUUUGAGAAGCGAUGGAUUGAUCCCAUAGAAUUAAAACU